AACGAAACAAACGAGAUCGCUGCUAAGACAGACCGCGAAAUUUGUGUGUAUGAGAAAAAAAGGGCCAUAGAAUUAUAUUUUUUUUUAUCGUGUCCGGAUAAAAAGUUUUAACAGGAAGAUUCCAUAAAUUAUUUCUUCCGUUUACUUGUACUGUAUAUUUGCAAUUGCUGCAAAUGAGCGCGCGAAUUUAGCAUAAAAAAAAUUUCCAUAUUAGAUGGAGGAGGCAGGAAAAUAAUGAAAUUAAGGAAGAGAAAGAAAAAGUGAAAAAGAGUCAAAUUUAUAACGUUUCUUGUGAACUUUUUUGUCUUUACUUUGUGCCUCUCGUGUUCCUUGAAAAAUUAUACGUAAUAUUUUCUUUUCUUCCGCAAAAAGAAGCUAAAAGAAUUUUCACGAGAAAAAUAAAUACAACGAAAAUAAAUAAAAUAAAAAUAAAGAAAAAACACAGAAGAGAAUACAGCGCGAAAGAGUGAUCUGUUUGUGGUUCAGUCACCUGAAAUAUAUUUUGCUCUCUCUCAUCACUAAUAAGCUACCUCCGUCUCAUUGUGGUGCCAUAAUAUUUUGUAGUGAUGCUAUUUAUCUUGUGAAGAAGAGAAAACAACACAUACAGCAGUUUAUGACACAUCAAAGGAGAGCAUAGAAUACUUUUUGCCUUUAACUUUUUGGUAUGCUUGCACCAAUCAAAUAUUGACUGACUCAGUGCUUAUGAUAGCACAACGUGUUGAUAUCAGAAAGUUUUCUAUUUCAUUAUUCAGCACAAAACAGAAAAAAAAAGUUGACUGGAUUGAAAAAUAUUUUGCUAUUCAUCAUCCAUAGAAAGAGAGUGAGUGUGUGUGUACAGCGGUGGAUGAGAAUAAAUUUGUAAAAAAAAGUGUAAAAAAAUCCUCAUUAAAUGUGAAAAAUAUGCAGAUGUGUAAGGAAAAGGAUGAGUGAAUUAAACGUCAUAAACGUGCAACGAAUGUGAAGAUAAAUCCUCGAGUCAUAUCACACAUGACAUACAUUCUUUAUCAUCACGUUGGAAUAAAAAUUUCAAUAUCAAAAGGAAAAAAAUGCUGUGAGAAUGAAAAAAAAAGAAGAUCAUUGCAAGCAUGUGAAAAAGUCGAGUGUAUUGAAUUUUAGCAUCACAGAUAUAUUUUUUAAUGAAUUGCAGCAGAAACAAAUGUGAAAAAAAAAUUUAUUAUUAAAAAAAAAUUCUUUCGAUUUUCAAUAAGUGAAGCCAGAAAAAAAAAUAAAAAAAAAUACAUAAAAAUUCACGAAGCGAGAAAAUAAUUCUCUCUAUUUCCAUCGCACUCUUCUGCCCCGGCAUUCAUUCAAGCACGUCAAUAAUUUCAAUUAAAUCAUAAUAAUAAUAAUGAAAUUUUUCCUAUCCAACGUCGCCAUUAUCGUUAUAUUUUUCAUUAUUUCAAAUUCCAACAUUAUUUGCACAGAAAAAUUUCACAAUGAUUCAAUACCGGCGGCAGCAUCGCAUGACUCAUACACGUCACACACUUCAAAUGAAAAUAUUUCAUUUCCACAUUUAAUUCUCUCGAUGCUAUUGUCGCACACGCAAAAUGAUGUAUUAUUAGCUGAUGCCGGUGAUGAACGUGCAACAGAUGCAAAAUUAUUUCAAAAAAGAAGUUCCUCGUCGUUUCUUCCGCCGUCAUCUGCCUCAUCGCAUGGCAGUGGAUAUCAGAGUUCAUCAAAUCGAAAUUAUUUUCGUGAUCUGUUGGCUCGCAAUAAUGAUGGGAAUCUUGAUAAUGAGAAUGUACUUGAAUCAUCAUAUUCUAGUUAUCGACCAAACCGAAAGCAAUCGGAAAUUCAUAGUGGAAUGCCAUUCCGUUAUACACGUGAAGUUCAAGUUAAGCAAGGACGACUUGUGGGUAUUGUACGUGAAAUGACUACACAAUCACGCCUUAAAAAUGUUGAUCAAUUUCUUGGCAUUCCGUAUGCUGAAGCGCCAGUUGGCUCUGGGAGAUUUAUGCCUCCAUCAUCGCCUCUACCUUGGCAAGGUAUCAAAUAUGCCAAUAAGCUUGAAAAUGUCUGUCCACAAAAGCUUCCGAAUCUUGCGGACUCGGGUGGAUAUAAUAAAGGCAGAUACGAUCAAAUCAAGAAAAUCAUGCCAUUCCUUAAAAGUGAAAGUGAGGACUGUCUAUACUUAAAUUUAUAUGUCACUAGUUUCGAUGACAGCAGUCCACAGCUACGAAAUUAUCCAGUCAUUGUUUUUCUGCAUGAAUCAUUCGAAUGGAACUCGGGCAAUCCUUAUGAUGGCUCAAUUUUAGCUAGCUAUGGGCAAGUUAUUGUUAUCACAUUAAACUAUCGACUCGGAGCCUUGGGUUUCCUCAAGCCGGGAUUAAAUGAUCAAACUGUAGCAAAUUUUGGCCUUCUCGAUAUCAUUGCUGCACUCCAGUGGAUAAAGGAGAAUAUCGAAUCAUUUGGUGGCAAUAAAAAUUCAGUAACCCUUUUAGGCUAUAAUCAUGGAGCUAUUUUUGCAAAUUUCCUCAUGAUUUCACCCGUUGCGAAAGGUUUAUUUCAUCGAACAAUUCUAAUGUCCGGAUCAGCUCUUGCAGAUUGGGCAUUAAAUUAUAAUCCACAACAGAUUACAUUACAAGUUGCGAGAAAGCUUAAUUGUCCCAUUGAAGAUACACAAUUAGGCGAUUGCUUGCGUGCAAAAUCAUAUCGAGAGAUUAUGAACGUUAGUGUGACAGCACCUGAAUUUACAACUAUUUUUGGACCGAUUGUUGAUGGUCUAGUGGUGCCGAGUGAUCCGCAUCAAGUCAUGGCACACAGUGAAUCAUUCGGACAGUUUGACUUACUUCUUGGUAUGUCUGAGCUCGAGUCAUUUAAUAUUCUGGGACGCGAUGCCAUAAAUAAUGGAAUCGCUCAAGUCGACCGUGACCAUAAUAUAAGAAAAUAUUUGGCAAAUCGCUUCGAUAAGCGUCUUGAAGUCGCAUUUCUAUCAACAUUGAAAGAGUACAGCAAUACAUUUUUAAAGUCAAAAUCGAUGUCAUUUCAUGAUCAUCGUGAUAUGUUGUUGGAAAUUCUAUCGGAUGCAAGAGUAACCGCUCCAUUGAUACAAACAGGAAUUUAUCUAUCGAGACGUAAUCCAAAAUGCUACAUGUACGUAUUUGCUCAUAAUGCCGAAGCGGGUGAACACGCAACGAUAUCACAAUCAAUUCAUGGAGAGGAUUUGCCAUUUGUUUUUGGUGCGCCAUUGGGUAAUGCGGGUCCAUUUCAAACAUCAUAUAAUGCGGAAGAGCGUCUGUUAUCAGAAGCAGUCAUGAGAUAUUUUUCGAAUUUUGCUAAAACAGGAAAUCCAACUCAUCCAUGGAAUCGACGAUUUUAUAACUUGAAUCCAAUUGAUUGGGAUAAAUAUGAUGUUGAUUGGCAAGAGUUUAAUGAGAUCAAUCAGAAUUAUUUACAUUUGAGUACGCAGCCAAUUGUAAGUCAACGAUAUAGACACAAAUAUACAAAAUAUUGGAAUGAUGGACUGAUAGAGACAAUGCGUAAUGCAAAUAGUCAAUUUGGAGCCAUCAACAACAACAAUAAUAAUUAUGGUAAAAUCUCAAGUGGCCCAGCUACGCCAAAAAUCCUCUCAUCAAUGCCAACAGGCCAGGUAAUAAGCAUGUAUCCAAUUAAGGUUGAAAUUGAAAAUCCACCAACGGAAGAUCCCAUCAGAGAAUUAAUGUAUCGUUUGCAGCAUAACAAAGACCCACAAUAUGCAAUGUCGACACGUGGACAGACUUAUGGAUCUGCCUUUACAUCAACAGCAACAGAAUCAAUAAAUUAUGAGCAAAUAUCAAGCGAUAGAAAUGAUAUUUUUCCCACAGAAGCGACCACAAUGUACCUGUUGAUAAGCAUCAUCGUGACAUUCCUCCUGAUCAAUCUCGUUGGACUCUUUGUCUAUUUAUAUCGACGACAUAAAAGAUUGAAUCGAAAGUAUGACAAUAAGAAUAUUUUUGAUGCAGUUAGCGAUGACAAACGAUCAAAAUUUAAUGACACUGACGACAGCUUCAUUCUUGAUAUAUUGCGGAAAUCCAGUAAUAAUACAUACGAGUCAGUAAAACGUCACUCACCGAUAAAUGGAUAUGCAAUCAAUCGACAAACGAGCACCAGUACUGUCGAUACUCAUUCGAAAGUGAAUGAUUGGAUAUCCAAUGAAAUUACAAAUUAUAGUCCGAGACUUAAUGGCAUUUUACAUUCACAGCAGAGCUCAUUCACAUCUGGAAGUGAGAAGAAGAAAGUCAGUGUUGCAAUUGAUGCAACGCCGCAAGCUAGAAGCAACAGUAUCUUGAGACAAGAGCCGAUAGAAUUAACAAAGCUAAAGUCACUCGACUAUGCUGGUAAAAUAAUUUGCCAGGAGGUAGACAUGGAUGUAACAAUGAUUGAUGAGAUUCCGUUCAGGAAAAUUUACAACAAUGACAGUAUUGACGAGAGAAAUGAGAGUGAUUCGAGCUCCUGCUCAUGCUCAACAUUCUCACAUUGUGAAGAGUGUGUGAAUGAUAUUAAUCGACAGCAUUCAAUGGAACCGAUGAGGAUGCCAUAUCAUCUUAUGCACGGUAAUCCACAGGAAGAGAUUAUGACUAGCUUUAUUGAUGUUCCAUUGCCAAUGCAUAACAAUAUUAAUGUAACAUGUCGUGAUUCUCCAGUAUUAUCAGGCACACCAUUAUCACCGGAAGAAUCUUUAAAAGCCAUUCAGAAAAUGAAUUGUCCGAAAGUGUUGCCAAACUAUCCCGACAAUGUGCAACUUAAUGAUGUCACAAAACGACGCUCAUUACAAGUUCCACCACAAUAUUAUCAGAUUCAUGAUGAUAAUAAUGGAAAUACAUGGGAUAUGUACGAUAAUAGACAGUCGUCCUUUACACGACCUGAACCACCGCCAAGAUUAUCAUCGACAUUAGGUAGACGACAAUCACGUAAUGAAGAUCGAUCAAGUUAUUUUAUGACAAAGCCGUUAAAGGCUGAGGAGCCACCGCCAUCAAUGGAGUCAUUAAUUCCGAUUGAAACGACACAAUCAACUUUAAUAGUUGGUCCAAUAAUUCCAAAAUCUGAAAAUAUCUACAUGACAAUGCAACGAAAAAAGUCAAUUAGUCGACAAAAUUCCACUUCAUCUUCAUCGUAUGAUGACAAUAAGCCACAACAUGAUGAGUCAUCCAACUAUGUUAGUUGUGAUGUCGAUGUUGAUAAUAAUAAGAAGGAUGAAAAAUUUGACGAGGCACCAUUGUACGCUGAAAUAAUUAAAAAUUCUCGUGUACAAACACCACAAGAUGGAAUCUACUCGAUAACGACGAAUGCGAGUUGUGGAAAUAAACACCUCGAGCGCAAAUCAUCAGCAAAUUCCCAGGAAAGUAAUUCAUCGACAUCAUCCUCAUCCGAGUCGAGUACAGGGACAAUAAAGAAAAUUAAUUAAAAGGAUUAGUGUACAGGGGAUUACUUAUUAUAUAUAGAUAACAUUUUAGAUAGCUCGUAGGAUAUACACAAGCAAUGCAAGCGAAAAUAUGAGGAUACCAAAUCAGCAAUAAACAAAUACAAUAUCUCGUCGACAUCCAUCUCUCUUGACUCAAAUAAUGUGGUGGGGUUCGUUUACUUAUUAGGGUUGUGAAUUAGAGUUGAAGAGAUAGAAGGGAAAAGGGUCAAUUUGAUAUUUUGUAACAUUUAAAAUAAAUGUUUACAGUUGUUUCAUAUUAUUACAAGGGGCGCAGGGGAUGAGGGGUCAAUAAAUAAAUGACUAGCUGACA